UUAAACAAAAAGAAGAAGAACCUUGUGUAUUAAGCAGAGACGAGUGUUUAUCACAUUGGUAAGCCUAAUAGACAGUAAGGUUAUUAGUUUGCCGCGAUUCAACACCAUAUAUUUGUCUUGUACGAGUGAGCGUUUCGUCUAGGAAAUGUAUUGUAUUAAAAUGUGAAGCGAGAGAAGUCCAUGUCAUUGGAGGCAGGGGGUGAUCUCCAGGACCAGACUUGAAGGACCCUUGAAGGAUGAUUGAGUUUUGUGCAGUGUUGAUUUAUUUUAUUUAAAACCACCUGUCUAAGAUCUCCGGUCUUAGGCCAUAGGUUGUGUAAACAAUGCUGAGGUGGUUUUCAGCGGAUGAGUCCGGCUCUGCGCAUGGAGCUCCCGGCUCCCCGCAGGUGGACGUGUGUAGUGAUGUGAGAUUGGCUGAGGUCAGUGAACAGCUGACGCAGAUGCAGGAACUUGUGGCCCAUUUAAAAGAGUUGAUCAGGGACAAGGAUGCAGCGCUCAGUGGUAAAGAUGACCAAGCCAAGGAGCUGACAGAACAAAUGCAGCGCUUACGGGGUGAGAAUGAAAACGUUCAGUCGAAGCUGGAGGCGGAACGUCACAUCACUCGGGCCCGGAUCAAGGAUCUGCUGGAGAAACAUGAAGCAGAGCUGCUGAGAGCUGCUGAUAAACACGAGGCUGAGAUGUCAGAGAGGGAGCAGGCCUUGCGCCGGCAGCUCGAGACUCUUCAGCGCUCUAUAUCUCAGCCCGCGGAUGCGUCCGCUAACCAAUCCACCUGCAUCACUGCUGAAAAACUCACAGAGCUGCAAGCCCAAGUGAAGCUGAAAGAAGCAGAGGCCAGUAAAGCAGAAGCAAAGUUCUUAAAAAUGAAAGCAUGGUCCAAAUCUAGGAUCAGACAGCUUGAGGAGGAGCUCAAAAAAGUUCAGUCCGGAGUGUGUCUCGACGUGUCCCCUGAUGUCACGUCCCUACAUGGUCGCAUUACUGAGUUGCAAGAGGAGAGAGAAGAAAUGCUCAGCAAACUGGAGCUGUAUGAAGAUAUGAAGGCAAAAAAUGAUCAACUACAGAAGCAGCUUAUGGAAUAUAAGGAACAGCAGAGGAAGAUGCAGGCGGACCUGGAGCAGGUGACCAAGAGAGCUGCAUCACAGGUGAGUGAAACGGGCAGCAUUGAUGACGUUCAGGUGAUGGAGUGGCAAGAAAUGAUUACCAUGGUGACUGAGGCAGAAAGAGCUCGAGAUCAGAGUCACGAGAAGAAUGCCAUGGCCUUCAGAAUGAGCCACAUCGAAGAGGAGAGAGAGGAACUGAUUGAGGAUGACUGGUUGUUUCCUGGCUGCUCCGAUCCAGCAUUAGCCAAUCGGCAACAGGAAGUGGAGGAGGAGUUGGCCCAGGCCCGUGGACUCUGCCCACAGAAAAGCAGGAAGCCCAAAUAUUUCACCCCACGCAGUCUGCAGGAGGACUUGGAAUUUCAUAGUAGGCAAGACCCGAUAGGCCCCACUGAUUGUGAUGCUCUUGUGAAUGGAGAAAACAUGGGUGGAUGGUGGCCACAGCACAGUGCUGCAGAUACAGAUGGCUUGAGGUCUGUUGUUGAGGAGCUUGAACUAGAGAGAAACCAACUGCAGGAACAGAUUUUGGUUCUUGAGAAACAGUGCCAAGAUCUAGAGGACCGUCUGCAACUUCAGGCUCGCAUUGAAUUACUACAGGAAACGUUUGAUAUAGAUGAAGGUGGUCAAGCAUUUUCCACAUCUCAGAAUGAAUCUGAGCGCCUUCAGGCACAGGUCGCAAACCUUCGCAGUCAGCAGAUAAGAGACACUGAAAAGCAUCAGCUACUUAUCGCCAGCCUGAACAAACAACUCAAAGGAUUGAGCAGCACACAGGAGUGUCUGGAGUCUUCACUCAUGGAAAAGGAGCACACGCUUGCCAGAACCUCAGAGAAACUGGAAUUUAUUGACAGUCUGAAAGAAAAUUUAGAGGAAAAAGAAAAACAGAACCAAGAAACUACUGAAAAACUGCUUCAGACUGAAAACAAUCUGGCUGAAGUUACAAAGACAUGCAGCACCUUUGAGAAGGAAAAUUCAGAGAUGAAAGCAACUGUUGCAGAACUGACACUUAAACUCAAUGUGCUGAAAGACAAGGUCCAGAAACAAGAGACAACUAUAGAAUCAUUGCAGAAUGAUCUGGUUCAAACAAACGAUGAUCUCGACAGACUGAACGCUGCUCAUCUGGAAGAAAGGGCACAACUGGUUCAUGACUUGCAGAGCUGUGAGCGUGAAAUCGAUAGACUUCAAGAUGUCAUCACUGAUAAGGAUAAAGAUAUAUUGGCACUAACAUCCAGUACAGCAGAAUAUUCAGAACAGAUUCAUGAACUAAAACAGGAAAUGAAGUUUAAAGAAAAUGUGCUGGCUAAAAUUGAACAGGAUGUUCAAAUCUUUAGAGACCCACAGCUUUCUGACCAACAGUUCUUUAAUGUCCUAAUACCUCAACUGAUUGAACAGUUGAAGAGAACUGAAACUGAUCUUAAAGUAUCGAAAAAAGAUAGUGAGUCAAGGAGUAAUGACAUUAAAGACUUAACCAAGCAAACGGAAGAGGACAAGAAAACAAUUCAGGAACUCCGCAUGGAAAUACAGAAGCUGAAUAUGAAUCUCAAAGACCAGCUAUUGGAUGGAGAACAAGUGAAUGAAAAAGACUCUUUCCUGGAUGAACGUAAUGAGUUGUUUGCUGAAGUCAGCAAAUAUAAAAGUGAGCUUGAGGAGCAGGUUGAAUGUCAAGAACAGCUUAAGCAAGAUGUCCAAGAUAAGUCAAAGAUAAUAACUGUAUUGGAGGAUAAGCUGAAGAAUGUUCAAGAGGAGAUGGUAGCUGAGAGAGAUAGAUUUAACAAAGAACUUAAGAUUCGAAACGAAGCCAAAGAAAACCUUGAGAAAGACUUGUCUGAUAAAAUUGAGAGUAUUCAGUCAGUGAAUAAUAACAAUCAAAAACUUCAGGAAUCACUUGAGCAGACUUUGGGGGAGCUGGCAAGACAAAAACAGCACCUGGAUAAUACUAAGGAGCAAAUGCAAGUUGUACAAGAUCAGAAUUACAACUUGCUCUUACAAGUCGAAAGUUUCACUAAUGACAAUUGUCAAUUGAUGAGGGAAAUUGAGGCUAGCGUCCAGUCCCUCUCUGAUGCUUUGGAAGAAAAGAAAAGACUGUCAAACAAAAUAUCUGAAGUUGAACAGCAGCUUUCAGAGAGUGUUAAAACAAUAGAACACUUGCAAAAAGAGAAGGAAGAGCUAACACUCAAAGGAAAUGAAUUGAACAAUAACCUUGAGCAAAACAAACAGUCAAUGGCUAAUAUUUUUUUGGAAAAAGAUGGCAUUGUUAGACUCCAUGAGACAUUGAGCAGGCAAAAUCAACAACUGCAAGAAAGUUUUGAAGAGAAACAAAAAGAAGUGCUUGCACUAGCCCAAGUUGUGUCUGAAAUGAAUAACAAGGCUGCAAAAACACUUGGAGAAAAUGAAAAGCUUGCUUCUGAAAUUGCUAGUCUUAAUGAACAGAAUAAGUGCCUUCAGAAACAAACAAAUGAACAGAUGAAGUCGCUCACAGAAACAACAAAGGAGAGGGAGAAUCUACAAAAUAAAAUCUUGAUUUUUGAGACGCAAGAUGUGGAAAACCGUAAAAUCAUAGAAGGUUUGCUUAAACAAAAGGAAGAUUUGCUUUUGCAAGUAGAGGAACACAAAACUAUAAAAAAGAAACUGCAAUCUGGAGAAGAGACCUUGCAGGAAAAGUCUUUAGAAUGUGCAACCCUCUCAAAAUGUCUCAGGGAGACCAAAGAGGAAGUACAUCAUCUUAGGAAAGAACUUGAGUCCACCACUUCUGAAGUCCUUCAAUACAAACAUAUUAUUUUUGAAAAAGAAAAGACUUUAACAGACCAAAGUACACAAAUGGAAGCUUAUCGGCACCAACUCAAGCAAUUACAGGAUAAUCUUUCUAUUCUUCAAGAACAAGCUAAUAAUCAUAAGUCAGGUCUGACAGAGAAAGACACACUCCUGCAGAAAGAAUCAAGUUCAUGUCGUUUGCUACAAAACGAACUUAGUCAUGAAAGGGAACAUGUUUUUACCCUUAAACAAGAGAUAAGCUCUCUGAAAAUGGAAUGUUCCAGACUGAACCAGACUUUGGAAGCGAAAGAUAGCACAUUAAGAGAGAAAAAUCUUGAAUGCCGCAAUCACUCAGAGGAACUGUACAGAAGAAAUGAGUCCAUGCUUUCACUAACUAGUCAGCUUGGUAUUAUGAAUGAAAAUAUUGUGAAGCUUGAAUCUGAUAAUGCACAUUUAAAAGGCACUUUAGGGGAGCAUUUAGAAGAAAAUGUACAAUUAAAAGAGGAGCUCAGACAGAAACAAAUAGAGGCUGUGGAAUAUCAAGAUAAUGUCCAGGCAAUGAAUGACCAAAACAUUAUAAUUAAAUCUGAAUUGAAGAAUUCCAUUGCAGAAAUAUUCAGACAUCAAGAGAUGACCACGUCCCUACAAAAUGAACUGGAAAAUAAAAGAGUUGAACUGGCAUCUUUGGCAGAACUGUUAAAAUCCAAACACUCUCAACUUGAAGCUUUACAAUGUACUCUGCAAGGGAAAGAGAAGCUUUUCAUGACACAGGAGAUGUCUGUAAAUCAGAUGAAAGUCAGACUGUUAGAAAAUGAAAGCCAAAUCACCCAGAAAAUAACAGUGAUUUCUGAGUUACAUGAAGAAGUUCAGAAUUUGCAGACAGCUUUGCAAGAAAAAGAUAGAUUGCUUUUAAAUAAAGAUGAAGAGUUUUCUCUAGUUAAAAAGACAUUAAUGGCUCAAUCAGAAUCAUGUGAAGCCAGACUGGAAUUAGAAAUGACAGAAAUUGCUAAAUUUCAAGGAGAUUUAAAGAGCGUACAAGAAAAAAAUAACCAUCUCAUCAGCAUCAUUAAUGAAAAGGAUUCUUUGUUGAUGCAGGAGAAGGAAAAGGCUCUGCACUUGCAAGGUAGUGUGUCAGAACUGGAAAACACAGUUUCACAACUAACUUGUCAAAUACAGAGAUUAACUUCAGAGAUCACACAACUCAGGGAAACACAAACUGAGAAGGAACAAGUCACGUUUGCUGCUCAGUCACAAAUGCAGAAACUGGAUGAACUAUACAAAAAACUUCAAGAGGAAUAUGAUUUGACCAAAAAAGAGUUGCUUAAAGUAAUUAAUGAAAAAUCAUUAAAGGAAGAAGAAAUCUGUAAAUUGGUCCUGGAAAAAGAAGAGAUCUGCAAAAAUUCCAGUGAUCAGAUUCAGAGAAUUCAGGACCAACUACAACACCACAAGUGGCAAUCCAGCAAAGUGGAAGAAGACAGGACAAUAAAGAGAGAAAAACAGCAUAUAGAGUCCAUGGCUUUGCAGGGUAAAGAUGCGUCUCCAGAACACUGGGCCCAGAUGCAUAGCCAAUUGCAGCACUGCCAGCAAGUGAUCCAGCAAAGGGAUCUUUGCCUCCAACAACUCAACAUCAAGUUGCAACAGGCAAUUGAAGAAAAGGAUGGGGUGUCCUCCCACUUAAGUACGGUUUCCAGGAUGCUCAGAGACACACAGCAGACUGUCGGUGAGCUCCAGAAUCGAUGCUAUUGGCAGGAGAGACAAAUUCAAAAUCAGUAUUCACACACACAGGGUUCAGUCUACACAGAAGUUCCACCAGGAGCCCCUCAGGAACCAAUCAGUGCCGAUUUUAAUCCAAGUGGAACAGACGGUGGAGAUUUCAGGAUGAGGCUGGCUGAGGCAGAGAUUCAUCUUUCUCAGUUAAACUCUAGAUUAGAAGACGAGAGAUCAAGGAGAGAGGUUGCAGAGGAAGCCAUGCGGUUGAUGGAACAGAAAGUUAAGAGCAUGGAGUCAAACCAGUUACGGCAUUGUCAAAAGGACUUUAGUAUUCAGCUAGAAAGAGACGAGGAACCGUAUGAAGAUCUUGUUCUUCGCCCAAGCCGGCACCUGUUAAUGCACAAGAUGAAGAGUGGAGUUCACUUGUGCCAGCGUUGGUUCAAAGGAAGUAUAUACUGCUGUUCCAAACUACUGCCAUCCAGGGGGAAGUCACGCUACAUAUUCAUAGGAUACCUUCUUAUGCUUCAUGUGCUGGUUUUUGUAUGCCUCAGUUGGUCCCUUUAGAAAGCAAUUCUCAUCAAAUCACAUUUGCACAAAUAGAAGAUCUGCAAAAAAAAAGGUGUGGGCAGUGUAAGAAAAUGGCCCACAGUCCAGGCGCUUCCACUUACAUCAAAUCAUCAGUGUACAAAGUUCUCAUUAGCUGCUCACUCAAAUAGUGUACAUUAGAAUGGUGAUGGUCGUUUUCUGAGACGUCAAUCUUGAUUUGAUAUUUACUACCUUUCCAUAUGGACUUCAACACCAGCAUUUAUGAAGCAGAGACCUUGUGUACGGACAGGUACACAGAUGGCCAUUAGAGUUUGGGUUAUCUUAUGUAAUCGCUAUGCACUGAACUCUUAAAUUUAGUAAAGCAAUUGUUUUUCACAUUCUACCAUCAAACAAACCGAAAAUGAAUGUCUUGCUUGUCCACACUGGAAAUGAACACGAGAUCCAAAAAAAAAUUAUUUAACAGUUGUAUGUGUACAGAGAGAAUAUUUAGUUAACGUGCAAACUUUUAGAAGUUGUUACGCUGUAAGCAAGCAAACUAAACUGUUAAGAAGCUAAACUAACUAAUGAAUCCGACAGCAAUGUACAAACGCUGGAAUUCCAACUUUUGUCAUUUUAAAAUUAUGGUUAUAGAAUUGAAAUUAAAUUAUUUCUUUUGAGGGUCGAUUGUUUCUGUGAGAUUUAUUUAUAGUAUGAAACUCUCCGAUACGUUUGCUUGCAGAGCCAUAAAGUCAUACUAUUGUGUAAAGCACUACCUGUUUUGCAAAACCUGUAUAUCUGUGGAGUAUGAUGCGAGAAAAAGAGUGACUCUUUGUUGAAUUAAACUACUGAGACCUUC